UGAUAUUUGAAGAGUCAUACCACACGCUGAAUGUACCUCGCAGAGAGACACCUUCAACGAGUGUUCUUAGGUAGGAGCUGCGAAAGGACGACUACAUAUCUAUCGGGAUGAAUUUGACAGGAGCUUUGGUCUUCGGUCUCGUGUGCUUGUCUACGAGGUUAGCGUUUGUAGUCGGAGGGACGGGUGACAAAACAGACUAUGAUUGGUCCUAUGCAGAACUCGUAAAGGGGGACGAAAGGUACCAGGAUGCCUGGAAGUUUUGCCAGAAAAAUGUCUCCUUAUACCUGAUGUACAGGACGUACACAAAGGACAGGCUCUUCGACAGCGGGGCCCGUUGCGUUCGUGCGAAUUCGACGUUCAUGAACAAAAAAGACAAAUCAGUUGUCUAUGACGUCGAUUACUGGGACUCGUACAGGGCCAUGAGGUUGCAAGCUCGAGGAUAUCUUCAUUUCACGAGGACAAAAGGUUACAACGUGUCUAACGUUCUUGAUUCAAGACUAGCUGAGAACACCAUCACUGGAGGGACGCCAUUUGUGAUCGCCUUCACUGACUACAAGACAUGUGCUGUGGUCCGCUAUCCACAAGCAAAGGGUGGUUGCCAAGUGUGGGUGUACGCCGACAGCCUGGCCUCAGCAGAUACGAGUCCGUGUAACUUCGUCUGUAAUAUUUUGUGUGGCAAAGAGAAGCACAAAGUUUACGACAACGACCUGUGUCCUGAAGCGUUGAUGAAGCCGUUCCCCACAAAAGACGAACUUUAGGGGCCGACGUCAGCGAUUUACCGGUGACAAUAAAAAACAAAAAAAUCAUCA